AUGAUUUUUAAUACAAAAAAGUCCAGGUUUUGGAGGAAUUGGUAACUACGUACACAAGUAUGCAUGAUCCAAUUCAUCAUUACAAUAAUAGCAAUCAUAUUGAUUAUUCUCUCCACAUUGUUGAUUCUUUUUUAUAUCUCAGACACUUAAAUGUAAUCAUCACAACAAGCCUUUUAAAAUUAAUUUGGUAAAUGGACGAAGAUUAUCAUGUAUCAUCAAAUUCAAAGAGUUCAACAAACCUUAUUCAGAAGUUAAAACCAAAUAUAAAGAGUAAAUAAAUUAUAUCAACUAUCCCAGUAAUUAUAAUAACCUAAUGUUUCAAAACCUUAUCCAUGUUUAAAUGAUUUAAUACAUUAGGAUAAGUAUGCCUAUAGCGCAUCAUUUUGUUAUUUAGCAUAUGGUAGUGAUGAAAAUGGAGAGAUGUACAAAAAACUUAAAGAUCUUUGCGGUAUUUUAACUGAAACUGUCUAAAUGAUUGAUCAUGACUUUGAUGUCAUAUUUGCUUCUACAAAUGAUGUUCAUUUCUUUGCGGCUUGGCCAGGCUUCUAUCUGGCCCAAGAUUACAAUCCUUAAAAACGAAUUUGGUACACUAACCAUUUGGAAUAAGUGUCCAAAAAUAAUAAAAGCCAAACUUAUUUUUGUGAACCUCAUAUUCAUUGGACAUGGAAAGUAUUGAUGAUUGCUUAGACUGCAAGCUUAUUGGAUAUUAAUGGAUCAUUGGAUGGAGUUAUAGCAUCUCAUGUGAAUUUUAGUUAAUUUAAAUAUUAGGAUGAUGGAAUAAGUUUUACAAUUAUGAAUCCUGAUGGAAGGAUUCUUCUCAGUUAAUUAAAUAUUUCAGAAGCCUCUUACAUUUAUGAUUAUAAAUUAACUCAAUUAGAUUAUAAAGAUUAUUAAUAAAUAAUAAAUUAAGCUAAUAAAAGAUAAACCAAAAGUGAUUGUGAUUCAUAGAGGUGGAAAGAUUUUGGCUAUUUGUGUAGGAAGAUCCACAAUUCUACUGAGGAAGAAUUAAUUGACACAAAAAUAAUGGAUAACGAAGGCUUGGUUUUAAUAAUUUAGUGCAAAUUAUCUCAAUAUUAGAAAUUGCUUUAGUAGAUGUUUGAUAACUUUGAAAGUGGGAUAUCAUAAAUAUUUUUAGGAACAAUACUUGGUUCCUUCGGAUACAUGUUUUCCUCUGCUCUCAUUACAAGCAUCAUCAUAAUCAUCCUAUUUAACCCAAUUAUCAAAAUUAUAAAUUAAACAUCUUAAUAUGUAUUCAAGGAAAACUUUUCCAUGUAACAUAAAUUAUAAAACAAACCCCAAUUGCUAUUAUUUAAAAGAUCUAAAUCCAAUACAUUAAUUGAAAAACUACAGAUUUCAUUUAAUCAAUUAAUCCAUAGAUCAAUUAAUCCAAAUAAAUCGCUACUAUGUUUAUUGAUUGAGUAAUUCAAAUACCCUGUUAAAAGAUGGUAAUAAAGGAGAAAAGUAUAAAAAAUAUUGAAAUUUCUAUCUUUUUUGGAAAACAACCUAGAAAAUCAAGAAAUAACAGAUAAAUAAAUUUAAUUUGUCCAACAACUAAUUAAAACUUAUCAAAGUACACUAUUGUGA